AUGUUGAAUGACUUUGUGGUACCUCAACUGGACCAGGUGUUCCAACGGCAACGACGUGGAGUCUUUCGCAGGGCUUGGUGGGCACAUGAUGGUGCACCAGCCCAUGGAGCAAUAGUUGUAAGAGACCGAUUGCAGGCACUGUUUGGUCCACGGAUCAUUGCUCUGCACCAACCACAUGAGUGGCCUGCAAGGUCCCCGGAUCUGACGCCGUGCGAUUUUUUUCUCUGGGGCACACUUAAGGAUGUUGUUUUCUCAACACCACCAGUUGACUUAAAUGACUUGAGAGCAAGACUCACAGAUGCAGUUGACAGUGUACGCCAGGAUCAACAGAUGAUCAGACGGGCUGUAAGAGACAUGGAGCGACGAUGCGAAGUGUGUAUCCAGAGAAACGGUGGCCACGUUGAAGGGCCGGGACCAUAA